GCAACAUCCAAUGAGUCGAAUAUACAUACCACCAGUGCUUUCACUCCACGUAACAACACAUGCGCUGGCAGGGUGAAGCUGCUGUUGACUCUGACUCCAUUGGAUUCAUAAUUGCUGGACGCGUAUAUCCAUUUAAUAUAAGUAUCUCUGUCUGAACUCUCAUUCCGACCCCUUCGCGAGGAGGGCCACGCCCACGCCCACGCCCACGCCCACAACACCACCUGAUACCACGUAUAUAUACAUCUUCGUCUUGCACACCAUGCCAAAGCCGGAAACAGAACCCGUUUCCUCUUCAGGAAUAACAGUCAAUGCCUUAACUGGCGAGCGCCACAUUCCCGCUUCCGUACGCCCUGACGGCUCCCAGCGCCGUGAAAUCAAAAUUCGCCCCGGCUACCGACCACCCGAGGAUAUCCAGGUGUACAAAAACCGUACAGCUGAGGUGUGGAAGAAUCGCGGCAAGGGCGGUGUUCCUGGUGCAGAGGGUUUAAAAGAGGAAUCUACCAAUUCAACUACAGCUACGGCUGCAAGUAAUAAGAAUGCGAAGAAGCGGGAGGCAAAGCGAAGGGCGAAGGCUGCGGAGGGCGAGAAUGAUAUGACUACAAACUCUGGAAAGACAGAAGGAGCGACCACAAACAAGGCAAUGGGGAACGAUAAUUGGAGAGAAAGGAGGGAAGAAGAAAAACCUAGCUCUGGCACCGACACCGUUCUGAACGCUGAGGCUGAGAAGGAGAGGAAAGCGCGCAACCUACGCAAAAAACUGAGGCAGGCAAGGGAGCUAAGGGAGAAGAAGGAUAAUGGCGAGAAUCUGCUUCCGGAGCAGUUUGAGAAAGUUAUUAAGAUUCAGGAGUUGGUGAGGCAAUUGGAUGCGUUGGGGUUUGAUACAGAGGGGGAAAAGAAGAAGACGAGUGGGGAUCUAAAUCCCUGAAUGGCCGGGAAUAUCCUGUCUGCGAAGGCUACGGUACUCUUGUGUGAUUUCUUUCUAAAAUUUUCGUUUUUGAAGGUGGUAUGCGACGGAUGUUUUUCGGGACGCCUUCGAAGGAGGAAAGAGGGGGAGUUAACGAUAAAGAUCCUAUGAUACUAUCAUACGAAGUUGAGCACCCGAACGGUGUGACAGAACCCUCAUGCCAUCGUUGUGUGGACUCAGCUACGCACCCUGUCGACAGGCCAUCGAUACCAUUACCGGCAUGACACCAUUCUUACCAUUCUUACCAUUAGCCAUGCCGAUUUGUGAAGGGCCUCUGAUUGCAUGUUGGAGAGACAAGUUCAACUCAGAUGUGGAGAUUGGGGAGGGAUACAUUUUGAUGGUGAAUAAUAUGAGUGAAGUCCUGGGCUUGAAAGGGCUAUGCACAUGCAAUUGAAUGAAUAGUUGCAACACCAAGAAACAAACCCAGGGGAAAUAUCGACGGAUAGGAGAUGGCAAACAAUACAGGUACGAACAAGAGCGUACCCUGAUAUCUCGGUGGCAUAUAGUCAAUGAAUCGGACUUUUCGCGCCUAAAAAGGGGUAUAUGAAUUUUAAUCUCUAUUUCUAUCUGACAAUAAGUUCAGCUCGAAGCCGCAAUGGAGAAGAAGACCAAAACCAUAUGUAUUUCCACCUUUAAUAUACAUCACACAAGAAGAAACCCCUCUCAAAUAAUCAUACACUCACUCCUCCUCCUCCUCCUGCACUUUCAAAGCAGGAAACCUCCCUUUAAAAUUCUCUGAUGUAUAUCUCUCCAAUCCCGUAGUCCCGUCCCGCCCCUCUAGCGUCGCCGCGGCCACAAUUCUCCCAGCCCGUAUUGCGUCAUUAACCCCAACACCCGUAUACCACGCCCCAGCAACCUUCAAUCUCCCCUCAAACCGGCGCUCCAAAGCGUCAUGCAGCUGUUCCAUCCGCAUCACUUGUCCAAUCGUCGGCUGGGGAAUCGCAUCCCUCUGCAACCGCGCUUUGGCAACAACAGGUUCGUCAGCGAUGCCCAGAUGCCUCGCCAGCACCGAUUUGGCCAUGGCGAUGGCGCUCUCUUCAUUCGGCAGGUCUGAGAGGAGCCAGUCAUCCCACCAAUGACCGCCAAGCAUGACGGUAAGCUUUGUACCGGGAGGGUCGGCAGUGUCCUGCCCGGCGCUACUAUCUGAGGCGAAGAUAACGCCGAGUGCGCGUUCGGGGUUUAGAUCAAAGGGGACAGAGCGUGGGAUUAAGUAGCCAAAGCCGCGGGUGGGGAUUAGAUUUGGGUUUUUGUAGUAGAGGUUGACGACCAUGACGGUAACAGCGUAGUCAUUUUCAUCGAGAAGGUCGGUUACGGAUGUUGGAGGUUGGUUCGUUCCUGAGGCAAGGAGUUGCUGGGAGAGGGCUGCGGAAGUUGUCGUGGAUAUUACAUAGUCGUAGUCGGAAGCGGUACCAUCAUCAAGGCCAACCUAUAGAAUAGUGACAUGCGGUUAGCAAGAAAUGGAGAGGAAUCGGGUGUGGUAUCUGACGUACAGUCAUAGAUGCUGAAUCCUCCCCCCUCCUAGAGAUAGACUUAAUCUCGGCACCCGUCUUAAUUUCCACAUUCGAUGCACCCCUUAACGACGACUCUAAUGCUGUGGAGAGCUGCCCCAUACCCCGCCGCAAGGUAAAAACAUUAUUACCCUUUGCAAACCGACGAAUCUCAUUAUAUUUCUCCUUCUCAACCAACCGACGAGCCAUGGCAAUAUCAUAUGGCAUAGAAAGUUUUAGUUGGUUAGCCUGAUCCAUCAACUCCGUCGCAAACCCUCGUUCAGAGAGCUCGAACUCAUCCCAGGCGACGCGCAAAAUCGACCGCGCGCUGAGUCUGUAUAGAUCGCCAGCAUAGAUGCCAUGGAAAAACGCAGACCCAACAACAUCUGCCGCGUUCGGCCCAAAACGGCGCUUGAUAAAAUCGCCGAUGGACUCGUCAGAUAUUGCUGGGUCGCGGACGGGCCGUCUAGGCUCCAAAAUCACUUCCAUCGCAAGUCUCCUGAGCACGGGCUCUGAAAUUAGUUGCAUAACAUUCAUAAUAACGUUUCCCAGUACGCCAGCGCCGGGAUACGGACCCGGUAAACGCACGAGGUGGUCUGGGUAGUAAAUGUAUCGGUUGCGGGCAGCGGGGGAAUCUGUCUUGGUUGAGAUAAUAUCGUCUUUGAGGCCUAGAUCGAAUAACUAAAACGCUCACAAUGACAUACACAUUAGUUUCGAGAAUAUCUUUGGUAAACUCAGAAUGGGGAUUUGUGCGCUAUCUUACCAGCUCCAACGUCGACAUGCUGCCUUCCAAUCCCGCGCGGAGUGUUCUAGGUCCGUAUUCAAAGAGCACUUCCCCACCAUCAACAUCGAUUAUUUCCGAUUGCAACCAACCACCAAGCUUCGGAGCCUUCUCAUAAAGUGUAACCCGUGCAUCUUGAUCUUGAGAGAGACGGAAUGCAGUUGACAGGCCAGUAACACCGGCCCCUAUUACAGCAACGUUUUUCUGAUGUAUGCUCGGAUCGGAGGUGAAGCGUCGAACUGGAGCUGUGCGGGAUGUGAUUAAUCGUCUAGGCCGAGGCAAUGGCCGUAUUCCGGGGCGAGCAUGCGCCCAUAGCUCGUCUAUGGUGCGGCAAUGUAAACAUCGUGGACGCAUGGCAAUGAGAAAUUAUGGUAUUUAUGUACUGUGGCCUCAGUCCUUGAGGGUUGCUGGCUCGGGCAGUUUUGUUUGCGGCGAUUGCUGGUCUUGGAAAUGAGCUAAAAUUUAGGUUUCUGGGCCUCAAUCUCUCCCCAUGUUUUGCACAUUAUUUCUAUCGGAGUUCCAAAAACUCUACUGUUCAUGGUAUUUUUUUUAUACUUCCUUUCAAACAAUCCGAAAAUCGUAAUUCCAGA